AUGGAUAAAGAAAAUGUACCCGUUGAGCCGAUCACAAUGGACGAUAAAGCACAAGAAGAACAGGCCUUCCGCGACAUGAGAGAUAAACAACGGGUAAAACAGCUAGAAUCUCUCGAGCAAAAGCUUUCAGCAUUUUCCCAUUUUUCGCGGAGUAAAUACGAAGCAGUGACUCACAAGCGAAGAGGCCGCCCCUUGGCGGCGAAUCGUGAUCGUGAUAGUGAUCGUGAUCUCAACAAAGGACGACAAGAUUUGGCGAACAAUAAUGGAACAAGCAACAUCUAUCGGUUCGAAUCGUCUCCAUCGUUCAUCAACGGACAAAUGCACGAUUACCAGAUCGAGGGCCUUAAUUGGCUGAUUUUGCUGCAUCAGAGCGGUCUGAACGGUAUAUUGGCGGACGAGAUGGGCUUGGGAAAAACCAUUCAAUCCAUCUCCAUGAUAGGCUAUUUAAUGUACAUCCGCAAGGUUAAGGGCCCGUUUCUGGUAGUGGCUCCCCUUCGCACGGUUGACAAUUGGAUGAAAGAAUUUGCCAUGUUUAUGCCGUCGGCCAGGGUGCUGCGGGCGCACGCUAUCGACAAAGGGAAACAACCCGUUUUUAGUACGCUUCGUGCGGCAAAAACGUGGGACGUGGCGGUCACGAGCUACGAAUUUAUAAGAGACUAUCGAGCUUAUUUUGGCAAACUGAACUGGACCUAUGCCAUUCUGGACGAAGGACAUCGGGCGAAGAAUGAAUCUACGCGUUUCUCGAGAGAGUUUUCCAAAUGCAACAUUGCCAGUAUGAUACUCCUGACGGGCACGCCGGUCCAUAACAAUUUACACGAGCUGUGGGCGUUACUCAACCUCAUGAUGCCAUCCUUCUUUAACAACGCCGACCACUUCAAUAGCUGGUUUGAAGUCGAAAACUGUAUCGAUCCGCACCACGAACAAACGAUUCGACUGAAGAAUCUUCUCAAGCAGCUCAUGCUGCGAAGAACGAAAGACGAGUUGAAAACCGCCAUCCCGCCGAAGGUACACAUACUAAUUAGCAUGCCACCGACCAGAGAAAUGUUGAUCUGGACACGUAAUGUGUUGGACCGCAAACUGACGCAAAUCACUGGACUUGGACUGCAAGCGUCGUUGCCAGUUAGACAAGUAUUGACAUUCCUGCGUCAAGCUGUGCUACACCCGUACUUGAUUCCCGGCGCCGAACCAGUCGAGGAGGUACUAGUGACGCAGGCAAUCGUCGAUUAUAGCCCAAAAAUGAUCGUGCUCGAUCGCUUGCUAGAAAAGCUGUUCCAGCGCGGUUCCAAAGUGCUAAUCUUUUCACAGUUCGUAAAAAUUAUAAGAAUCCUGCAGGAUUAUAUGGACUGGCGUGGCUACGAAUACUGCGUGCUAACUGGGAAGGAUAAAGAUAAUCAGGAACAGAUUGACGAAUUCUCACGACCUGGGUCGAAGUAUUUCGUCUUUCUAAUCAGCACACGGGCCGGUGGCUUGGGUAUCAAUCUCGUCACUGCCGAUACAGUUAUCUUCUACGACAUAGACUAUAAUCCGCAGAUGGACUAUCAGGCGGAGGAUCGAGCGCAUCGUUUCGGCCAACGAAGUAAGGUGCAUAUUAUUCGGCUGAUCGUUCGUGGCUCGGUCGAGGAAUCUAUGUAUUCGAUAGCCGAGAGAAAGAAGCUGCUGGAUGCAUCGGUUAUUAGACAAGCGCUGACGAAAAAAGAGCAAAUUGCAGCUGUCGAUUACCAGAGAAAACUGUUGUCAACCGUAGGCGUCAUCGAUGUGCAGAACGCACAGCAGCAGGUAGAUAAGCUGAUUCACGACAUGGGACCACUGGUUCCCUGGGCCAUCGAUGAAGGUAAAAGCGAACUUCAGGACAAUUGCACCAUCGUUGUGUCUGGCAAUCCGUGCCUGCCCCCAAUUGAUUUAGACUACACAGCUGCCACCGGCAAAAGAAAGGCCGACGAAGAUUUGAUCCUGACCGGCAAACGAACGCGCGGCCGCAUUGACUACUUCUCUAGCUAA